AUGCAAGAUCCACACGAGGUCGAGAUGGCGUCGGAAGCUCCGAGCGGUCUCGCAGUUGCUGGCGAGGUCAUGCCGGAAGCAUCCACUUCGGCUCUUCCGGCUUCGAGCACAACCGAGCAUGCGACUGUGACGUCGCAAGAGCCGCUGUAUGAUGCGCUGCACGAGGCCAAGCAGAGCCUGGACAGCCAAACGAAAGCGGCUGCGCACAUCCAUCCUCUGAACGCAACAACCCAGUCACUCUACUCGGCAUCGAGCGCAGACGGCCGGCUGUCCCGAGACGAUUACCGGCAGCUCAUCUCUCAGAUCCGUCGCUCUGUCUCGCAGUUUGCAGCCACCACUCCAGCGCUCAAAGCACCCGCAUCAGCGCCCUCGGAUGUGUCGCAACCCAACGAUGCGGCGGCUGCAAACCAGCUGCGUCGGUACAUCUCUCUCUUGGCCGAAACAUCUACGCACACCACGGCGCUUGCACACUCUAUUGCUCCGUUCAAGGCUCAACGAGACCCGGCUUCUUCGACCAAUGGCCUGCUCGGCUCCUCCCUCGCCUUCCCUCCGUCACUUCAAGCUGGCACCUUUCGUAAGGGCGAAUCUGCCGCUCCACCUUCGAGCUGGACCGACGCCCUGCAGACUCUUGAGGCCCUGUGCAGCACGCUAGAGCACACAGCGAGCAAGCUCGGCCUCGAAACCUUCUCCGACCCGGCCCCGGAAGUGGCAGAUGAGCCUACAGCAUCGGGCUCGACAGGUGUGCUGACACGCACGCUGACUCUCGGAGCCAAGAUCCUCGUCAUCGAUGUCGAAUUCCUCCUCGAAGGCAGCAGCUCGGCUGCGAGCCUCCGCCCAAGGAUCAAGUUGAAAUUGUCGUAUGCUACCGACUCUGCGGAUUCACAACACGUGCGUGAUCCUCGUUUGGGAUUGGUUUUGGAGACUGACAUCCAGAAGAUCGCGGACAAGCUGUUCGGCAACGACGGACCGGGCGCGAUCGAACAAGACCGCACUGCGGUUGCUCAAGCGCUAGCGAAAUGGACCACCAACCUCACCGACCUUCUCGCACUGGACGCCCUUGAGGCUAGAGCUACCGAGGCUUCGGCCGACCGGGCAAGGAGCACUGAUCUCUUCGCUGCCAUGCAGGAUUUCUGCUCGGCUGUGGUGCGAGUAUCCGAAGCGGAAUCUUCGUCUUCUAACCCGGACGCCGUUCUCGAUCGUGGACAUGGACUCCACCAGCUCCACGCCGACAAGCCAUUCCUCCACACCGUCUUCGCCCGAGACGCCACGUCAGGACAGGAAUACACGCUCUCACUGGGAGUGCAGGCGCUUGAUCUCCCUUCGGCCGAUUCCGGCCACGCCAGGUCUGUCCAGCCUUCUUUUUCUCUGACACCGCAGGCAGAGGAGCUCUUGCUCUCGUCAUCGGCCAAGGACCCGGCGACCUCGCUAGGCUCCGUCCCUUCGCCUGCAAAUGCCGAGAAGCGUGUUCCAUUGCACUUUGUCGUGCGCCUUUCUCCGCCCGUCGUCGUCACUCGACCCACCGCAGCCAAGUUGGCCACGAUUUGCAACCUCAAAGAGACCACGCCUAGUGGCAACACUGCCGCUGCUCCUGCCAUCGCAUCUGCAGGCGCAACCUGGUUCGAAGACGUUCUCGCUUCCUCUUGGGCCGAAAGACUAAAACAGUCCCCGAUGCAAGACGACGAAAAGCCCAGACGAUGCAUCUUUACGCUAGCCCAGACGGUCGAGAGUGUCCGCAGCGCUCAGUCGCAAGGUCUUGUUGUCGACUCGUUGCCGCUUUUGACUUCGACAAACGCAGCCGGUGAUGGCACCGACGGAACCGGUGUCGCAAGCCAAGCAACAUCGACGCUAGCCAGACUCUUUGCCGCCAUCGAGAUAUUGAGGGACGAAGUCAAGGUGACCGAGCUCAUGCACGCAGCCGUGGCCACGAAGCCGGACGAGCCGGCGCAGGCCGAUGCGAAAGCGAACGGGUCCGCCGAGCUGUCCCUCGACGACCUGCUGGGUUCCGCCACCGGCUCCACCCCGACGCGCAUCCCGGUCACCCUUGCAUUCCGCGUCCCAAUAGCCAACGCUGCGGAAGAGGCGCGGCAAACGCUCAGCUUGCAACUGGCAUUCCGCACGCCGACCGACGAUGGAAGCACGGUUAACUUUGAUGCGUCCAUCUCGCCCUCAAAAGCAUCCGCUGGUUGCGGAUGGCUGCUCGAGGCGGACGCCAACGCGUCAUCUGCAGGACAGGCGUCUGUUAAGGGUGCUCGUCUCGAAAGUGCGUCGGAUGAGGCUCAGGCGAUCGCUGCCGGGCUCUCGGGCCUGGACUCGCUCGAAAAAGUGGUGCUCGGCCUCGCCGGCUGGGCCGAAAAGCAGCUGGGGGUGCGCAUCACCAAGCCUGAGCCAACAGCGCCGUCGGGGCAGGCAGCCUUUGACCCGCUCUCUUACGAGCAGCAGAACGUCCAUGCAAUCUACGAAACGAUUGCGCCCCACUUCUCAAGCACGCGGUACAAGCCGUGGCCGCUCGUCCCGGCGUUCCUCUGCACUGUGCCUGCAGGCAGCUUGGGUGCCGAUCUCGGCUGUGGCAACGGCAAGUACCUUCCCCUUCGCUCGACGCUCGGCCUGACGGCAUCCUCUUCGACGGAGGACCAGGAAGGUAAUAGCCUACUCACUGUCGGAGUCGAUCGCUCGUCGAAUCUGGUCGGACUGGCCCGCGACAACUUUGGCAUGCUAGAGGGCAGCCGUGCGCAGGAGUCAAGCGAGGCCAAGGGCACAAGACGCCAAGAGGUUGCUGUUGGAGAUGCCAUCCAGUCAUCGCUGCGAACAGGUCUAUUCGACUAUGCGAUCAGCAUCGCCACAAUACACCAUUUCUCCACCUGGGAGCGAAGACGCGCGUCGGUGCAAGAGCUUAUUCGCAUCAUUGCCCCCGUUGCUGCCGACAGCCACGCUGAUGCGAGUGCAGAAGACGCGAAAGAAGUCGAUUCUCGCCUGCACGGAAGCUACGGCCGCGGGCGCUUCAUGAUCUUUGUUUGGGCGCUUGAGCAGAAGGACGAAGGCAAGCGCCAAUUCGAGGCGCCGAAUCCCGAAUCGCUCAAGAGCCGGCCAGAGAUCCACGACCCGCUGCGGAACAAGGCCAAGGAGCGUCUGGUCUCGUACAGCGGUCUACAGGCGAGUGCGCAGCCGUGCGAGCCGGUUCCACACGCAGACGAAGCGGAAGCGUCAGCAGACCAAGUGCGCGUGACUGACGACCAGGAUGUGCUGGUGCCGUGGGUGCUCACCACGCCGGGGCAGAAGGCGAGCAAGAAGCCCAAAGCUCCUCGCGCUUCCAAAGCCAAGACUCGGAAAGACGGUGCGGCUGCAGGUGUCGACACGCGCAGCCUCGAAUCGCGCGUGUCCGAGCUUAGCGUCGGAGAUAGCUCGACGAGCACAGAGCAGCCUGCGAAGGAGGCUGACGAAUCACGGCCCGUGUACAACCGAUACUACCACAUGUUCCGCGCUGGCGAGUUGGAAAGGCUCGUUGCGGAUGCUGCGGAAUCCAUGCCCGCUGUGCACCGGAAAGAUUCCCAGCCACGCACCAUCCGCGUCCUCCGCGAGGCCGGUGGGUGGGAACGAGGAAAUUGGUGGGGGGUUUGGCGGGUCCAGUGGGCCGAAUGA